AUGGCCGGAUUCUUCGAUAUCACUGAAGAUGACAUCCACGGGUUGGAGCAGAAAAUUGCCAUCAUUACUGGAGGCUCCUCCGGGAUUGGAUUUGCGACUUCAGAGUUCUUCAGCACCAAAGGUGCCAUUGUUGUUCAGGCUGAUCUCUCCCCGCCACCGAGGACUCUGCCAGGGUCACUCUACACCAAAACAGAUGUCACCUCGUGGACCGACCUUACGCGUCUCUUUCGAAGGGUCAUCGACGACUACGGCAGAGUCGAUAUUGUCUUUGCCAACGCUGGAGUCGGCCCAAAAGGGGACUACCUGGACUUGGCUAUAGGAGAGGAUGGGGUGCCGGUGGAGCCAUCGAGGCUGUGCUUGGAAAUCAACCUGAUGGCCGUGGCCAACACUGUUGCAUUGGCUCUUCACUACAUGCAAAAGCAGGACGCCGGGGGAAAUGUGGUCAUGACAACCUCGGUCGCAGGUAAGAUAUGCAUUCUGAAUCUCGCGCGGGCCGAUAAGCAAGUCCCUGCUAAGUCUUCUCCCUCGUUGUAUCCAGGAUAUCAACCCUUUGGUCAUGAAGACUACACUGUAUCGAAACACGGUGUGGUGGGAAUUCUUCGAGGGGUUCGCGAACACUUCUAUCCCAAACGUCCGAUCCGAAUCAACGCAAUUGCGCCGAGUUGGACUGACACAACCAUUAUCGGGUAA